AUGUACUCCAAAUCCUGGAUCCUCACCUCCCUCCCGCCCUCAAUAGCCCCCUACGUCGAGCUCACGCGCGUCGGCUACCUCCCAGCGGGCGUGCUCAUCUCCUACCUCCCCGUCCUCGUCCCCCUCCUCCACGUCGCCACAAUCUCCCACCUCCCCGCCGACACCGUCCUCGACGCCUCCCUGAAAUGGCUCCUCCUCUGCUUCAACUACAGCGCCUACGGCUGCGUCGUCGAUGACAUCGCCGACGUCGAUCUCGACCGCAAGGUCGAGCGCUGCCAGCAUCGCCCGCUCGUUCGCGGCGCCGUUUCAGUGACACAGGGGGUCCUCUUCGCCGCGACACUCGCAGCGUCAGCACUCACGCUCACAACAACAUUCUUCCCGGACCAACCGGCCACCCACGUCCCCAUCGCAAUCGCAGGCUCGAUCGUGUAUCCGUUCCUGAAGCGCUGGACCAACUACGCGCUGCUGUUCCUGGCCCUGCUCUACGUCUCCACGGGCCUCAACGCCUCGCGCACCCUCGGCUUCGACAUCCUCUCCCUCCCGCCCCACAACUCCAUCCUGCACAGCAACCUCCUCCUCAACGCCGCCGUGUACAUCGCCAACGUCACCGUCGAGACCAUCUACAUGCACGCCGACGUCGAAGACGACAUCAAGUCCGGGAUCAACUCGCUCGCGGUGCGCAUGUACGGGUACUCGAAGCCCGUGCUGUCGGCGAUGGCACUGGCCUAUGGGGCAUUGGUCCUGGGGUCCGGGGUCCUGGCGAAUUUCGGCGCGUGGUAUUUCACCGCGGCGGCGGUGUCGGCGGCGACGUUGCUGGCGAUUGUGGGCAAGGUCGAUCUGAAGGACGGCAAGCAGUGCGAGGUGUACUUUUUCGGGGGCAAUGCGCUGGUUAUGGCGGCGCUUGCCGGCGGGCUUUGGGCUGAGUAUCAGUAUGGGGGCGCGGCCAUGGCCGCGGCGGCGCUUUAGAUUUAGUGGGUG